AUGGAACCUUGGCACUUCCGCAUCUAUGAAGGCUAUCACGUGGCACUUCUGGUUUGCCUUCUUGUUUCAUCUGCAUCCUCGUCGGCUUGGAUAAACCACUCCUUGUGCCUGGAGACCUGUAGCUGUGUCGGGCAAACCAGAGUCGAAUGCAGCAACCGUUAUCUCAAGUCCGUUCCCGCUGGUAUUCCUUUGACAACAGAAUAUCUCAUCCUGUCUCGUAACCUGAUCACCACUAUACAAGAUGACGAUUUCUUUCCAUUACCAGUCCUUACUGUCCUGCGCCUAACGGCGAAUUUCAUCUCGGCUAUCCAGCCUCAAGCUUUCACUAGACUUCCUAAAUUGUCGACUCUCCACGUUGAUGAGAAUGGUCUGAUCGACAUGUUCUCUAUACCCCCAAUCCGUAUCAUCAACCUUGCAUUCAAUUUUAUUCAGAGGGUGAAUUGCUACAGUCAACAGACAUUCGACUUUGCUGGCGACCGUGAAUCCCUGAUAAACCUUUCAAACAACUUCAUAGUAGGAUUCUUGAACCUGUCACUUCCGGUUAACAUCAUUGCCGCCGUAUCAUCAAAUAUUCGGGUUUUUGACAUUCACCAAAUACAGUCGGUACAUCUGAUCACUUUAAUUGACUUCCGUGACAAUGGUAUCAGGACCCUUCCUGAUCUGCGGAACGUGACAAAGCUUCAGAAACUCUUUCUAGCAGGAGGGCGCUUUGAGAUCAUGACGUCACAUGCAUAA